CUUUGAUUUUCUUUUACCUCGGCCCCAUCAAAAUCGUCCAGGCUUGCGCUCAACUUUACUCGCCGUUCACUGUCUCCCACUUUCAUUCGAAAAAUGGCAAAACCUUCUAUCUCUGUAGUUGACUCUUUUCCCCAACUCUUUCUAUUCCUCACCUCCUACCUCUUCCUCCUCCGCCUCUCCACCGCCGCCUACUCAGUCGGUGUAAACUAUGGCACCGUCGCCGAUAACCUUCCUCAACCCACUCAAGUUGCCAGUUUCCUCAAAACUCAAACCACCAUCGACCAUAUCAAGAUAUUCGACGCCAACCCCGACAUCCUCCGUGCCUUUGCCAGCACCGGGAUUUCAGUAACCGUCACCGUCGGCAAUGGAGACAUCCCUUCUCUAGCUAAGCUUCCAGCCGCUCAGGCAUGGAUCGCCAACAACAUUUUACCCUUUCACCCAAAAACAAUCAUCAAAUACAUUGCGAUGGGCAACGAGAUCCUCGCUACGUCUGAUAAAUCGCUAAUAGCACACACUUUACCAGCCAUGAAAGCUCUCAAAUCAGCUCUCGAGCUAGCUAACGUCACUGAUAUUAAAGUCUCGACUCCUCACUCUUUAGGUAUAUUAUCAUCAUCUGAGCCACCGAGUACUGGUCGGUUUCGAAAAGGCUACGAUCAGAGAAUAUUCGCUCCGAUUCUCGACUUUCAUCGGAAAACGAAGUCUCCUUUCAUGGUUAAUCCAUACCCGUACUUUGGUUUCAAGCCGGAGACUUUGAACUACGCAUUGUUUAAACCAAAUGCUGGCGUUUUUGACGCGGCCACAGGGAAGAAUUACACCAACAUGUUCGACGCCCAGCUUGAUGCGGUUUAUUCGGCGAUGAAAAGGUUGGGUUAUGAGGACGUGGACAUCGUGGUGGCAGAAACCGGUUGGCCGUCGGUGGGCGAUCCGAAUCAACCGGGUGUGAGCUUGGAAAACGCGCUGUCGUACAACGGGAACCUCGUGAAGCACGUGAACUCCUGGAAAGGAACGCCGUUGAUGCCUAACAGGACUUUCGAGACUUAUAUUUUCUCUUUGUUUAACGAGAAUCUGAAACCAGGUGUUUCGGAACAGAAUUUCGGGUUGUUCAAGCCGGAUCUGACCCCGGUUUACGACGUCGGCGUUCUACGCAAUGCUCAGGCGGAGGGUCCCGCCUCCGGUACAACAGCGGAGGCACCGUCCUCAAGUCCGGACAAGAAGUGGUGCGUGCCAAAGUCGGACGCCGGUGAUGAGGCGUUGCAGAAGAAUAUAGACUACGUCUGCAGCAGUGUAGUAAAUUGCAGGCCCAUACAAGCAGGUGGGCCUUGCUUCGACCCAAAUACAGUGCGGUCACAUGCAGCGUAUGCAAUGAAUGCGUACUAUCAGAGUUUUGGGCGGCAUGACUUCAACUGUGAUUUUAACCACACCGGAGUGGUGACUGCCACAGAUCCAAGUUACGAGGCGUGUAAUUAUCCAUUUAACGAUCAAAAAGUGGAAGAAAAGUCGGUGGCGGGAGAGUCGAUGGGAUUAUAUUGUGGCGUAAAAGAUAUGAUGGUGGUGGGUGGUUGCUUGAUAUUUGUAAAUUUAUUUUUCUACUAAUUUAUUGUGGUGGAGGGUUAGAAUAGAGUAGCCUUUUUUUUUUUUAAUCAAAGUUUUUGUUAUUAUGGUGUGGGCUCCUUGGUUUGGUUUUGCAUUUGUACUUUUUAACCGUGGAACUAAUUUAAUCAUUUUCUUUAUUAUUAGUAUUAUUUUUUAA